AUGGCUGCUCAGCCAGAAGAAUCAGCCYACCCUGCAGAUUUAACAGUUCCCGAACUUGGACAUGAGGAUGGGACUGCAACAGAGGUGGAAAACAAUCAGGGGAAUGGUGAACUGCCAUUUCCUAGUAUGUACACUUCGUGGAAAGAGUGUUUUCAUGAAAUGGUGCAACAAAGGUGUCUGAGUCUGCAGGAGGCAAAGGUGAGGAUGGUCCAAGCACAAAAGGAAGAAGAAAAAAAGGUGCAGAGGAGAGAACCCGGUGACUGGCUGGCCAGAGAGUGGUACAAUGAGGAGAAGGAGUCACUCGACACUCGCAUCUAUUUGCUUGAUAAACUUCUUCCUACAUUAACCACAGGAGUAGAAAAUCUGUUAAUGGAAGUGGAAAGAAAGCAUGUGCUUGUAUCAGAUCAAAAACCAACCAAAUUUAACCCCAUUAAUUAUCUUGCAGAAUAUCUGAUGAGACAUAACCCUAAGUAUAAUGCUCCUACACAACCAGGCCCRUACCUGAGAGAAAUGAAGGUGGUCUCGGAGGAGCUGAAGUCUUUGAUGCAAGGUACAACAUCACAGAGGCUGGCCAUGAUGAAGGCUGAGGCAAAGAACAAACGUGAGGAACGAGAGGAGAUAGAAAGAAAGAAGAAUGAGGAGACAGAGAGGAGAAAGGAGGUGUUGGUAGCUCUGUUCAAGGAGUGGACAGUGGAUGUCCAUGAUGGAAUUCCAGCAGCACUGGUUCAGAAUGCCUUGAGGUUUUUUCCAGAUGUCACUGAUUCUAUUCCUGAAAAAAAGAGAAAAGUAAUCCAUGACAGGAAGCUGGAAAUCUUAAACACAUUGGAAAAAACAGUACACCUAAAGGCRUUCACAAAGUGUGUCCUUUCCUACAUUGAACAUGUUUCAAAUGACAAGUUUCAAGAAAUCAUGGAAUAUCUCCGUCACUGUGGUGAGAACUUCCAAGAAGCAACAAAACAUGAUUGGCGGAGGGAAAUUUUUGUUGACCUCUUCCAAGAUCGUGAUUAUGGAAAGGUUGGUGUCUUGGAUAGACAAAAAGUACAGGCYCUGCUGAGAGAUUUCUGUGACAGAAACCUUGUGACUGACAUGGAGGAAUUCUGGAACCCCAGAGAGUGGCCAAUAGUUGAGCUGCAAGAUAUUGAUCUUAUGGAUUUCUGGAGAGGCCUUGUUGAUGAGGAAGUUUGUGAGGAACCCAGUGGAAAUUUGGUYUUGUCUCAAAAGGAAAUUUCCAAGGGAGAGAUUUUAGGAAAUAAACCUAAAAGUGGUGCUAAAGUGAGCAAGGAAGGUGAGGACUCUCUGUCAGCAGGAAAAAGCACUGGCCUUGAAUCUACUGAUUUCAGUGGAGAUACCAAACACARAGAGAAGUCCGACACAGGUCAGAACCAGCAGAGUUCCUUUGCUGCAAGCUGCCUCACACAGCCACAGUUUGUACAGGUCAUGGACAACUUGGUUAGUGAAGACAUUUCUCUGCUUUCUGUGAAGAUACUUGCUACAUUUAUCAGAGAAGAAUACGAACAGACAGAAGAGGAAAAAAUGAAACAACAAGAAAAAAUUCACCACAUAUCUCUCAUGGCCCAAAGGAAACAACUUUUGGAGGCACUUUUUGACAAGUGGGACAGCACUGCAUGUGGGUCUCUGGACCUGGAAGAGAUGGUUGCUGUUCUGAGCACAUUUGAGGGAGGCAUGGAAAGAGAGGCUGUGAUGAAGGCAAAGGAACACCUUUGCUCCCGAUACCCACAGCUCAGUAAAGUGGGGAAGCUCUCUCCAAAGACGUUCCAGACUUUCCUUGAGUUAAUUGCUUCUGAGUUCCCUGGCGAUGAUGAUGAAAAUAUUGAUGACUUGGUGACAUUCCUGACUACAAGGGUGGAACAAAGUGGCAUGGAGAGCUUGGAAAGCUCAGCCAGAAAGAAAUGGCUGCAKGAUAUCCAGCAAGCAGCAGAGACCAGCAGAAUGAACAUGGAUCCAGUGUACAAAGCAGUGUUUAAGGCCCUYUCCCAGGACGUGGAAUUCCAUGGGGAUAACAAGAAGAUUGGUGCAUAUAUUGCCCUUCUGGAAGAGAACCAGCUCUCCCCAGAGCAGGAAAAUGCUCUCCUGCGUUACGUGGCCUGUACCCCAGAYGAUGCUCCCUAUGUCCUAAACCAGGUACUGCACAGAGACAUGAAAGGAGUAAGCUUUGCAGCCAUUGACCAGGGAAAGCCAAUCUAUGUUCCAAGUGUUCAGCUCCAUGGAAACAUUCACUUCUGGAACUCCGACCGCCCUGAGGAGGAGAGGAAAGGUUCAUUCCUGGUGCUGCCCCUGCACGAUGCUCGUUGGAGAGUUUUUGGAAUUCUAGGGCUUGAUACUCUUUGGGACCCCUCUGAGACAUCCAUCUUCCUGACUCAUGAGAUCCUUUUCUAUGAGGGAGUUUGCCGUGCAUUCAGCAGAGCCUACCACCACAUCUGCAUGCAGGAAAAUGUCCUAAAAGUGGCUGUCACGGCUCUGGACUGGUUGCAUCCCAGAGCACCCAACAUCAACACUGUCACAAUGUAUCUGGUGGCACCUGACAAAGACAAGAACUAUGGUCUAUGCAAGAUGAUCACUACAGAUAACACAGGACAAAAGGAAAUCCACAGCUCUCCUGUUGUCCUCCUCAGAGAGGAAAACCUCCUCAGAGAUGACCUGUUCAAGUGCGCAGACAGUUCAGAGGUCACACUCCUGUCUGUCUAUGGAGAACACCACAUUGCAGUACCUCUCCAUGACCUAUCAAGACAAACUCUUGGCAUACUUGAUAUCAGCAUUGGACAGAACAAGAAAUUAUCACCUCAGGAACAGAAAGACCUGCAAAAAAUGCUAAAGAUGACCCAAGCUGCCUGCACAGAGGUCCUGAAGAGGUCUCUAGAGGAAACAGAACCAACAUAUGUGYUAGAGGCAGAACACAUGGCAAAUGUGAAGCACGCAGGGAUUCUGUUCCACCGGUUCAUGCUGCAGGAGCUGCGUGAGUGUAUCCGGAAACUCAAUGCUGAGAGCUUUGCUGGAAUAAARAGCUAUGUAGUACCCCCAGCUCUGGUGCAUGAUGUAGUUAAGGCUGUGCUGCUGCUUUUGCAUCCAGACUGGGAGGGCUCAGAAGAYAUUGAGAGCUGGAGUGAGUGUAAACUGAAACUUGAUGACAAUUUGAUUCAGGACAUUUAUUGCUUUGAUCCAACUGCUUCGUCUGUGCAAGUUAAAACAGAGCUGCUGCUGCACCUUAUCACUGGUGUCCCUCGAGCAGCAGUGUGGCAGCAGGAUUCUGCUCCAGCCACGUACCUGCACCAGUGGCUUCACACCUGCCUGGCGCUCGCAGAGAUCACAAAGAGCUUUCGUCCUUAGCCCCUUUUGGCAACCAGUUCUAGUGUGCCUCCAAUUAAAUCCCUUAAUUUCUCAUCUAACCCUAGUGAUUCUGGCGUUUCACAUCUUUUAUUAAAUUAGCUGUUAGUUUCUAUUUUUUAUGCAUAGCCACUAGUAUUUGUUGUUAAGAUAGCUGAAGUC